AUUGAUGUGGAUCACCUCUAUGAACUAAUUACUAAAUAUUUCACGGGAACUGUAGCAAUAAUAGGAACAAUACAGUUUAAUACCGCAGUGCAUCAGCUAUCAAGAAAGAUCAAUAAGACAGGUACGGUGUCAGCAACCAACCAAGGGGUCUCUGGCUCGCUAACUCAAGCCACAAAUGGUACUAAUUUGAGUGGAAAGGAUGUAUUUCAUUUUGGCUCAUCACUUUCCGCUGCUGUUCCUCAGAUAAAGCCUCUGAGCGCCGGAGAGGUUCUUGGCUGUACCUCUCCAAUUAUUAAAUAUGCACAAACAGUUAUCUAUAUCGGCGAUGGUAGAUUCCACUUAGAAUCUGCUAUGAUAAGAAAUCCAACAUUGGAAUUCCACAAAUAUUGUCCAUUCAGUCGAAAACUGAGUAAGGAGUUUUAUGACUUUGAUAAAAUGAAAACAAUUAGGGAAGCAGAGAUAAAGAAAGCAAUGAAAGGGAAAAGCUUUGGGAUAAUUUUAGGCACAUUGGGCAGACAAGGAAAUAAGCAAAUAUUUAAGAAUUUGGUGGAAUAUCUUGGAAAAAACUACAGAGUGUAUAAGAUUGUGGUGGAAGAAAUCAAUGAGCAUAUUUUAGACUCUUUCGAUUUUGUCGAUUCUUUUGUCCAGGUUGGCUGCCCCAGACUUAGUAUUGACUGGGGUCACAAUUAUAAAAAACCUCUACUUUCCCCAUUCGAAGUAUACUACCAGGGUGGUGAAUACAAUAUGGACUAUUAUUCUAAUGAGGGUUAUGGUCCCUGGAAGAAUUACAAUAAUACAGGCUGUAACGAGAAGUUA